AUGACUGAUAAUCAAGAUUCAGUUUCUCCUUAUGAAAACAACAUAACAAUAGUUGAAGAUAAGGCUAAUAAAGAUGCGGAAGUGGAUAUAGAUGAGGAAAUAUCAUCAAGAAUGACAGCCUCGUAUAGUGAAAUAUCUUUUCAUUCCGAUAAUGGAAAUAAUAAUGAGGAACAAAAUAAAGAUCCUGGACCAUCUAGACCUUACGACCUCCCAUCAGAGAAUCGUAAACAGGAAAAAAUACCUUUAGAUAUUGAUGGUCAUGUCCGCUACGAAGGAGAUAUGACACAUUAUGUAGCUGAUGAUUUAGAAUUCAAAAUUAAACUAUCAAGCCCAAUAGCGAAAAGAGGAGAAACACCAGUUUUUGGAAGUUCUAGUGCUUCAAGAUCAAGUACACCCUCUGGCAAAUUAUACAAGCAAAUAUUAGCACCUCAAAUUGGUCAAAUAGAUAUAACAGUAUUAAAUGAUCUCGAAUAUGAAGCUCAAAAGAUAGCACAAUCUGUCGAUAACUUAAUAGAAAAUUUAUCAAGCAUCUUACAUUCAAAUUCUUCCCUCACUGCAGAAAACAUGGAAGUAUAUAGAGAUGCAGUUGGUAAAACCUGUGAUGCAAUGGAUAAUAAUAUUAAAAGUAUGUAUACAAUUCUCGCCAAGGGAGAAGAGGUGUCUCAGGCUAUGGUUCCAGUUCAAGCUCAAGCUGCAAGAAUAGCAGAAAUUAAAAGACUAUUACAGAUAUUUGAAAGCUACUUC